AUGGCAGGGGGUGCAUUUGUUAAUGGAGCAGCAGCAGGGAGGGCAGCUCAGUAUGAGUAUAAGAUCACACCUUAUUUUAUUUUCGCUUGCAUCGUUGCGGCGAGUGGAGGGGCUCUCUUUGGUUAUGAUCUUGGUGUUUCUGGUGGGGUGACUUCAAUGGACGACUUUUUGUUGAAAUUCUUCCCAAAGGUUUACAGAAGGAAGCAUGCACACUUGCUUGAGACAGAUUACUGCAAGUACGAUGAUCAAAUUCUGACUCUCUUCACAUCUUCCCUGUACUAUGCGGCUCUGGUGUCAACAUUUGGGGCUUCAGUUGUGACUCGAAACAAGGGAAGAAGAGCUAGUAUUCUAGUAGGAGGUGCCAGUUUCUUUGUUGGAGGAGUCAUCAAUGCCUUCGCCCAAAAUGUUGCCAUGCUCAUUGUUGGGAGAAUCUUUCUUGGUUUCGGCAUUGGAUUUGGAAACCAAGCAGUUCCUCUAUAUCUUUCGGAAAUGGCACCUGCAAAGAUCCGAGGAGCUGUUAAUCAGCUAUUUCAACUAACAACAUGCUUGGGGAUUCUAGUAGCCAACUUCAUCAAUUACGGGACGGCAAAAAUUCAUCCUCACGGAUGGAGAAUUUCUGUGGGUUUGGCCUGCUUACCUGCAACUGUGAUGUUUGUUGGGGGGCUCUUCCUUCCAGAAACCCCAAACAGUCUGGUGGAACAAGGGAAGCUAGAAGAAGGAAGGAGAGUGUUGGAAAAGGUCAGAGGUACCACGAAUGUUGGUGCAGAGUUUGCUGAUCUUGUCGAUGCAAGUGAGGCAGCAAGGGCUAUCAAGCAUCCUUUCCGGAACCUUCUCCAGAGGAAGAACCGUCCACAGCUGAUCAUAGGAGCUAUAGCACUCCCAGCAUUCCAACAACUUACUGGCAUGAACUCCAUUCUCUUUUAUGCUCCUGUUUUCUUCCAGAGUUUGGGAUUCAACACAAAUGCUUCUCUGUAUUCAUCAACGAUUACCAAUGGAGCACUUGUGGUUGCCGCAUUGAUUUCAAUGGCUUUGGUAGAUAAAUUCGGAAGAAGAGCCUUCUACCUUGAAGCUGGUAUAGAGAUGUUGAUUGAAAUGGUGACCGUUGGCAUCAUUCUUGGCCUCUACUUUGGGGAUGGGAAGACACUGCCAAAUGGAAUCGGCUACCUCCUUGUUAUCUUGAUUUGCUUAUUUGUGUUGGCAUAUGGAAGGUCGUGGGGUCCACUAGGUUGGCUAGUACCUAGCGAGCUCUUCCCGUUGGAAACAAGGUCAGCUGGCCAGAGUAUUGUUGUCGGUGUCAACAUGAUUUUCACUGCCCUGAUUGCGCAAUGCUUCCUUGUGGCUCUUUGUCACCUCAAGUACGGAAUCUUCCUUCUGUUCGCUGGGCUGAUCUUGAUUAUGACAAGCUUUGUGUUCUUCUUCCUCCCCGAGACAAAACAGGUCCCAAUAGAGGAAGUCAUCUUCCUGUGGAGAAAGCACUGGUUCUGGAAGAACUAUGUAUCAGAAGAAGAAGUGAUGGCUCAUACUGGUGGCAAGAUACAACCAUAAAACCUAGGAUUUGACAAACUAGAGAACAUACAUUUCAAGUUAAAUGUUCAUAAAUUGUGUAUUUAUACUUCCAUAUCAGGAAUCACAGGAACUAUUUGAUGUCUAUGUCCUAUUCAAUGAGCAGGCUGGUCACAGAUAA